AUGAAACAGAUUUUUUUCUCUAUCGCCUUCUCUACGACGUGCUAUGUGCAAAAAUGCAAAAAGCUAUCCAGGGCUGUCCCAGUAGUUAAGAGGAAGCUUAGUAGCCUUCGGAUUCCAACGAAUUCUGUAAGCCAUCAAGGAUUGUCAACAUCAUCACCAUAUUGUUCUUCAACAUCUAGGUGGAAAUUCGAUGUCUUUCUCAGUUUUAGAGGGGAGGACACGCGUAGGAGUUUUACAGACCAUCUAUAUGAUGCCUUGAAAAGGAAGGGUGUUUUGACCUUUAGGGACGAUGAAAAACUUGAGAGAGGAAAAUCAAUUUCACAAGAGCUCUUGAAUGCCAUAGAAGAAUCUAGAUUUACUAUUAUCAUUUUCUCAAGAAACUAUGCAUCUUCGACAUGGUGCUUAAAUGAGCUUGAAAAGAUCGUUAGAUCCAUGAAAGAGACAGGAUUGACAAUUCUGCCGGUUUUUUAUGAUGUGGAUGCAUCUAAUAUACGAAAUCAGACAGGACCUUUUCAAAAUGCUUUUGAUGAUCUUGAAGAUCAAUUUAAGGGAAAUAUGGAGAAAGUUGAAAUAUGGAGAGCUGCUUUGAGAGAAGUGGCUAAUCUUGCUGGUUGGCCUUUACAAAAUAGGCAUGAAGCAGAAUUUAUCCAACACAUUGUGGAAGUGAUAUUACAUAAAUUGAGUUCAGGUGUUUCGAGCAUUCCCACCAACUUGAUAGGAAUAGAUUCUUCAAUGGAGGAAUUGUUGACUUCAUAUUUAGGUUUUAUGAACGAUGUUUACAUGAUAGGGAUUUCUGGUAUGGGGGGACUGGGGAAGACAACUCUUGCUAGAGUUGUUUAUGAUAAAUUUCGUUGUCAUUUUGAAGCUUCUAGCUUUGUUGCUAAUAUUAGGGAAGAGUCAGAAAAGCGUGGUUUGCUUCCAUUACAAAAGCAGCUACUUGCACAAAUUUUGGAGGAAAGAAAUAUAGAUAUAUGGGAUGUAUACGAGGGAGUUGACAUGAUCAAGAGAAGGAUACAUCAUAAGAAAGUUCUACUUGUCCUUGAUGAUGUUAAUCAAUUGCACCAAUUAGAAAUGUUGGCUAGAGAGCAUGGCUGGUUUGGAUUGGGGAGUUGGAUCAUCAUAACAACUAGAGAUCAACAUUUGUUGGUCCAACAUGGGGUGCAUAAAAUAUAUAAGCCUAAUGGACUAAACCAUGAUGAUGCCUUAAAACUUUUUUGUUUGAAAGCCUUCAAAAGAGAGCAACCCCAAGAAGGUUACAAGCAGCUCUCCCAAGCUGUUGUAGUCUAUACUAAAGGCCUUCCGUUAGCUCUUGAAACUUUGGGUUCUUUUUUGGUUGGAAGAACAAUAGAUGAAUGGCUAAGUGCAUUGGAAAAUUUUAGAAAAAUUCCUAAAAGAGAAAUAUUUGACAUACUUAAGGUAAGUUACGAUGGACUAGAAAGAAUGUGGCAAAAUAUAUUUUUGGAUAUUGCGUGUUACUUUAAAGGGGAGAGAAAAGACCGCGUUAUAGAGAUAUUAGAGAAUUGUGGUUUUGAUGCACAAAUUGGUAUAAGAGUACUUGUGGAUAAAUCUCUCCUAAGCAUAGAAAAUGAAAAAUUGUGGAUGCAUGAUCUUCUACAAGAAAUGGGUAGAGAAAUUAUUUGUCGAGAAUCACCUGAUGAACCUGGAGAGCGUAGCAGAUUGUGGCUUUGUAAGGAUUUGUUUCAUGUAUUGACCAAUGCCACGGCAACAAAAACAAUUCAAGCCAUAGUCCUAAACAGUUAUGAAUGUGAAAGAGACUGGAAUUUUGAAGACUUUCCUGAAGUUUUUUCAAAGAUGUAUAAUCUUAGAUUGCUUAAAAUUCACAAUGUGCACAUCUCGAAUGGCCUCAAUCAUGUUUCUAAUGGCCCAAGAUUUCUCCAAUGGAUUGGGUAUUCUUCAGAAAGUUUGCCAUCCAGUUUCCAACCAAAAGAGCUUGUUGAACUUAAUUUACAGUCUAGAAAAAUUAAAUAUCUUUGGGAAGGAGUCAAGUAUUUGGACAAACUAAAAUGCAUCAAUCUUCAAGAUUCCUAUAACCUUAUUCAGACACCUGACUUCUCAGGGGUUCCGACACUUGAGACACUAAAUCUCACACGCUGUAGAAAUUUGGUUGAGAUCCACCCGUCUAUUGGACUACUUAGUAAGCUGAAUCAGUAGGGGUGUGCAUGGGUCGGGUUGGGUCGGG